UUUCUUUAUAUAGAGAAAUAGCAUAUAAGAAGACUCUUAUAUAGAGUGAAAAUAAUUCCUACUAUGCCCUACGCUCUUUACUAUGUUAACAGCAUGGGGGUUUUUGUUGAGAAUUCUAUUCACUUGAUAAUGACGAAGAAACUAGAUCGGUUACAUCCUUCUUUAAUUGUUGCAUUUAACCUCACACUUGAAAUUUUCAAUUGAGGUUCCCCUUCCUGCUGAAAUAAGAGGUGAAGAGGUUAAUAGUAAUGAGAGUUUUCAAAUGACUGUUGCUGUUUUGGGAGGGUGUCUUUGUAUGAUUUUGAAUUAUGAAACUACUAAUAUUGAUGGUUGGGUGAUGAAAGAAUAUGGAUCUAGAGAUAGUUGGUGUAAACUUUUUACUUUGGUCAAAUCUUGUUUCCAUUCACAUUUGACAGCUUCGAGGCCUCUAGGUUAUUCCGGUGAUGGAAGUAAGGUUCUGUUGGAAGCAAUUGAGGUUUUGUUGGAGGUAGAUCAUCAGAAGCUCUUUUGGUAUGAUUUGAAGAGUGAACAAGUUAUUUAUGUUGAAGGAGUUCCUAAUUGGAAUGACACUGUGAUUUGUGUUGAAAGUCUUGUACCAACUUCCUUCCCUGUUGAUAAUUGUAGGAAGGAGAAUCGAACAACCAAGAGAAGGGAUGGUUUCUUGUCCAAAGGAUUUAAAUUGAGAUUGUAAGGGAUGGAAGGACCUGUGAUGUGCCAACUGAAACAUGAUGCUCAAGUUGCUUCUUGUGAUGUAAUUAGUCACCUUGGUUUGUGGGAAAGGUUGAAUUGAUAAAGAAUGAAGCUGCACCCAUUUUUAUGGCUCAUUUUGAAUUUUGUCUAAUAUCACAUUUAUCACUCUGAAGAAUUUGAUGAAUCCUCUCUCCCUCUGGCCUUUCUAAAUGGAUCUUCUGCUUUUGUCUUUUACUUCUAGACUCUAGUACUGUUGAGAAAAUAUGAAAGCACAAUGAGGUUGGUUAUUGUAUAAAACGUAUCUUUUAUUUCCAUUAUCUUUAAAUUCUAAACUCUUACAACAUGCUAAUGAAAGCACAUUGAGGUUGGUUACUGUAUGAAAAGUAUUGCUCCUUUCUUGCG